ACUACGUCAGCAAUGGCAGAGGAGUGGGGAAAUGCAGUGUUUGCUGCAAGACGGCGCAAUGAAGACACAACAAGAGAAUCUUCAUUCACUUACACCAACAGCAACAAUACUAAAGAUCCCUUUGAGGGCCCUAACUACCACAUUGCUCCCCGAUGGGUGUACAAUGUCUCAACGCUGUGGAUGAUAUUUGUGGUUAUUGCAUCAGUCUUCACCAAUGGCCUGGUACUGGUGGCCACAGCUAAAUUCAAGAAGCUCCAGCACCCUCUGAACUGGAUCUUGGUCAACCUUGCUAUUGCUGAUAUUGGAGAGACCCUUUUGGCCAGCACCAUCAGUGUUUGCAAUCAAUAUUUUGGAUAUUUCAUUCUUGGACACCCUAUGUGUGUCUUUGAGGGUUUCACUGUCUCUACUUGUGGUAUUGCUGCUCUUUGGUCCCUAACUGUGAUUUCCUGGGAGAGAUGGGUGGUUGUGUGCAAGCCUUUUGGAAAUGUUAAGUUUGAUGCUAAAUGGGCCACUGGCGGUAUUGUCUUCUCCUGGGUCUGGUCAGCAAUAUGGUGUGCUCCCCCCAUCUUUGGCUGGAGCAGGUUUUGGCCUCAUGGCUUGAAGACUUCUUGUGGACCUGAUGUGUUCAGUGGAAGUGAAGACCCUGGAGUACAGUCCUACAUGGUUGUUCUGAUGAUUACCUGCUGCUUCCUCCCUCUGGCCAUCAUUAUCCUUUGCUACAUUGCAGUGUGGUUGGCCAUCCGUGCUGUGGCCCAGCAGCAGAAAGACUCUGAGUCUACACAGAAAGCUGAGAAGGAAGUGUCCAGGAUGGUUGUUGUGAUGAUCGUUGCUUACAUUGUGUGCUGGGGACCUUACACAGUCUUUGCCUGCUUUGCUGCGGCUAACCCAGGAUAUGCCUUCCAUCCUCUGGCUGCUGCACUACCAGCCUACUUUGCCAAGAGCGCCACUAUCUACAAUCCAGUUAUCUAUGUCUUCAUGAACCGACAGUUCCGUGUUUGCAUCCUGCAGAUGUUUGGAAAGAAGGAGGAUGAUGGCUCUGAAGUAUCCACAUCAAAAACAGAAGUCUCAUCUGUGGCACCUGCAUAAUAAACCUUCAACAACACUUUCCUGCUUGGAACAAAAUUAAGAACUUUCCACACAGAUCAUCCUGAUGGAACUUGUCAAAUGUACAGUAAGUAACUAGGGAUGUAUAGCUAGGGGGUAGAUUACCAACCUAAACUACAUUUUUGUUAUCAGUGAGGGUUCUCAGGUCAGUAAAAGGCUAAAUCGUUCUGUACAAUGCUGUGCAAUGUCAAUUUGAAUUUUUUACAGAAUGCCAUUGAUUAUAAAGAAAUAUCGCAUGCAAUUUAUUUAUUUUCCGCAAUUGACUUACCAUACUAAAGGCAUUGUCAUUAGGUACAUUAAUGCUGGAUCAUUUAAUGCUUUUAAAUACUGUUUGGAUUGAAAGUAAGUUUCAAGUAAGUAACAACUGUCACAGACUGAGGCCAUAGAUUUUGGUUUGGUACUCCCAUUUCUAUCAUGUUGAGAUUUUCCAAUCACAUGCUUUGUGUUAACAUUCAGGAUUUAGCCUUUUAAGGAAUGAUACACCUGUUCUUGCUACCUAUAGGUGGGACAUUCAAAUAAAGUAACUGAGAUGCAAUU